CAUCUUAUACGGCAGAGGGGAAAGGGAGCGGAGGGAGACAGAGGAUAGGAAGAGAGAUGGGUCGGCGAGGAAAGGAAAGCGACGAUGAGGAGGACGAUUUCCUCUACCGCUACCCUCUUCCCUCUUCAUCCACCGGCGGCCGCCACCACGACGAAGCCACUGCCGGCGCCGCCUCCAAGGGCGGAUCCGGCGGCCUCGCCCCCUCCAAAUCGACGGUCUACGUCUCCAACCUCGACUACUCUCUCACCAACUCCGAUCUCCACACCAUCUUCUCCACCUUCGGCAAGGUCGCCCGCGUCACCGUCCUCAAGGACCGGGUCUCGCGCCGGAGCCGCGGCGUCGCCUUCAUCCUCUUCGUCUCCCGCCACGAUGCCACCGCCGCUGUCCGGACUAUGGACCGCAAGGUACUCAACGGCCGCACCCUCUCCGUCUCCAUCGCUGCCGACAACGGCCGCACCACCGAGUUCAUCCGCCGGAGGGUCUACAAGGACAAGAGUCGCUGCUACGAGUGCGGCGAGGAGGGCCACCUCUCGUACGAGUGCCCUAGGAAUCAGCUCGGCCCCAGGGAGCGGCCAAACCCUAAGCGGGCCCGGAGAGGUGCGCAGCGCGGCGGCGGCGGCGAGGUGGUGGUGGGGGGGGAGGACUGGGGUUCGGAUGGUGGAAAUGAGGCGGAUUUCGAAGAUGAUAACUGGGCAUCAGUGGUAGACACGAGGGGGGCCGAGGAGAAGGCAAGGGGUAGGGAGGAGUGGAGAGAUGAUGAGAAGGAUAAGAAGAAGAAGGUGAAGAAAGUUAGCUACUUUAGUGAUGAGAGUGGCGAGGACGACUAGUAAGAUCAGAUUAAGACAAUGUGGAAUAGGACUGAAAUCGUUCUCGGUUACUUGUUUUUCAAGAGUCCAUGGAUCAUUUUGUCUAUGAUUUGCAGAAGAAGAAGUCAAGGGUUUUAUAUAGGAGUUGGAUGUGCCCGGGGUAUUGAUGAGUAUCCGGUUCAAUGAACCUUUUGUUUACUGAAUAUGUAUCUUUGUUCGAAGUGUUAUCUUGCUUCAAAGUUUACCAUCCUUUUUCAAGAGAAAGAUGCUAGAGAGUUGUUCCAAUUUGGGACCCAUCAACCUUGUAAAUGGGGUCUGUGAAAUAACAACUCAUUGAAUGCCCUUAACUCAAGCAAAUGUUUUGGGUGAGCUUGUCUCUUUGAACCAACAUGCCUCCAAAAGUGUUGGAUGCACUGCAUUGUCACCUUAAUGACCAAUGAAUGCAUUGAUUCUUGAAAUUAGUUUGAUGUAGUGUUGUCUUAUUAAACUUCUUUGCAAGCUCGAUCUAGUA